AGUGGGUCAAAAUCUAGGGCGAGGCUCACCAGCACAAGUAAAUGGGAAGUGGAAACUUUGUUAAGGGGGACUCUCUGUUUACGUUACACCGGUUCCGGAAAAAACUUUAACUCGGAAAUAAGUCUAAAUAUUUAGACCAAAAAUUUGGUUACUUCAGUUUAAUAUAAAUUCCCAGUUGGCCACUUUUGUAAAGAACGUAUUGGCAUGAAACAUUGGAAAUAUCUUCCUACGGUUAUAAAGCAAAGGCAAUAACGACACCCAGCUAUUACUUUGAUACUAAAGCGCCGAGAAACUAAAUACCUCCUAGCGUAGACCGCCUAGUAUGAACAAUUACAACAACAUUAGGCUGUCUCCAAAUUGUGACGUUCUUCUAAAUAACCGUUAUCUGUCCCUUGCACGUGUUGAUGCUCACAAAGCAUGAUGCUCAGAUUAAAACCGCCCACGGUUCGCCGUUUUCAACUCCUUUCCGCAUGAUUAUAUAUGUUUACGGCAGGCAGACGGUGUCACACCGGAGAUAAAAGUCGCUACGAUAAAAUCAGACGGCUGCUUAGUGGGUGCCGCACCCAAAGAUGGAGGUGCUAUUGGCUCUAUUGGUCGUAAACCUUGGCGGUCUUGCUCUCGCAGAGAAGAGGGCAGUAACCACCCCAACUGUGUGUGAGGAGAAGCUGAAAACACUGACGCAGAAAGUAGAUAUCUUACUGCGUCAGCUUCAGCUCCAGCAGAUGUUCAUAGCGGAACGCACACGAACGGACGGAGGAUCAGGAAUAAAACAGGCGAGAUGGGGCGCAAUUGGAACAAGACCAUAUCAUACGUCAAGUCACAACAUGAAUUGGAUAGCAGGAGGUAUUUUCCCACAUUCCCAAGCAAGGGACUAUUUCGUCACGUCAGGCACAAGUGCCGUGUUAAACGGAGUUGAGUUUCGCAUGGCUGGCCAAGGACUGAUGAUGUACAGGCCUGGUCAAACGUUCAAAAGUCCACGCCGAAGACUGCCUCUGCCGGCAGUGCCACCACAG